AUGGGUGACGACAUGGAAGUCGAUGAUGCGCCCCUCUCUCCUCAGCAGGAGCAGGAGGAGGGUGCUGCUGCUGCCUCCGGCGGCGCCAACUCUAGCAAGGUCGCGGCCAUGCAAACCCACACCAAGGCGACCGCCGUGCGCUCCAUCGAGGGCUGGAUCGUCAUGGUGACCAACGUGCACGAAGAGGCCGACGAGGAGGCCAUCCAGGACAAGUUUGGCGAGUUUGGCGAGAUCAAGAACUUGCAUCUUAACUUGGAUAGACGGAGUGGUUACGUCAAGGGCUACGCAUUGAUUGAGUAUCCUACCCUCGAAGAGGCCCGCGCCGCCAUCGAUGGCGCCCACGAGACGAAGCUCCUCGACCAGACUAUCCAGGUCGACUUUGCCUUUGUGCGACCACCCCCGGGCAAGACCGGCGGCGGUGGCCGUGCAGGUACUGGCGGAGGCGGCGGCGGCGGCGGCGGACGCAACGGCCCUGGCAAUCGCAAUAGGGGUGGCCGGAGUAGGAGCCGCAGCCCCGUUGGCAGGGACGAUUGA